UGCCCUCAAACGCUUGCUCUCGUCCAUUCGGAUAGCUGAACAUCGGGAUAUCUGGUUCACGGACACCAACAUGAAACUAAGCUGGACUCUCAAUUCGUUCCUGAGUUUGAUCUGGCUUUUCUUGCGUUCCACGAAUGCAAUCACGUACAAAGAAACGUUGGGGAUGGGCCAAUCACUUGGAACCUCGGAUACCUUGGUGUCUGCUAACGGGAACUUCGAGCUGGGUUUUUUCACUCGAGGGAAUUCGACCAAGUACUAUGUAGGGAUGCGGUUUAAGAAAGUUCCUAAAGACAACAUUGUUUGGGUUGCAAAUAGAGAGCUCGCAGCCAGCGAUUCCAAUGCCGUUCUCACUGUUACUGACGAUGGAAAUCUUGCAGUCAAGAAUGACAGGAUGGUGUACUUUGUCACCAACAUUUCCGACAUUAGCAACACCCAUGUUAUGCUCUUGGAUUCUGGUAAUCUCCUGCUGAUGAACAACUCCAACUUGAACAUUUUGUGGCAAAGUUUCCACAAUCCCACAAAUACCCUUUUGCCUGGAAUGACGGUACGAUCUGACGAAGGAACCAGUUGGUCGUUGACAUCAUGGACAAGUGUAGAAGACCCGAGUCCUGGAAAUUUUUCUCUUGAAGUCGACAAGUCCAUGGGGAGCGCUAGGUUAAUCAUCAGGAGGGAAUCCGAGAUAUACUGGAUUGGUGAUGAGCAAUCUAAUUUCACGUUUCAAAGUAUUGGUAAUCGAACCUCCGCUAUAUGGGACACGGGCUAUUUGACUUGGCAAGGGGACUACACUUCUCGGUUGGUUCUGGAAGUUUCUGGGGAGCUUAACCAGCAAUUUUGGUCACAAAAUACUAUGCGGUGGGUUUCCUUGCUGUCAUCCAAGUGCGGGAGAAACGCAAUCUGUGGAAAUUUUGGCAUUUGUAACCCACAAGCCACUGAUCCCUGUGAGUGCCUCCAAGGAUUUGAGCCGUACGAUGAAGAUUCUUGGAAAAAGGGGGACACAUCCGCAGGUUGUCGCAGAAAAACAGAGUUAUGCAGUAACACGAGCAGUGAUGGACUCGAUGACGGCUUUUUACUAGUCGAUGGAGUGGAUUUUUCUUUGGAUAGUCCGCUUGCGUUCAAAACUCAGAACGCAUUCACAUGUCAAAGAGAUUGCUCAAUCAAUUGUUCUUGCGUCGCUUAUGCUUACGAUGUUACGGGUAGUUGCCUGUUCUGGCUUGAUCGAGUGCUGAAUCUGAAGAACAUCUCGGUUGACUAUGGAGAUGAUAAUUAUAGACCAAGUUUCUAUCUCAAACUGGCUCGCUCUGACUUGAUUAACAAUGAGUUGAUUAAUAAUCCUGAUCAUAACUCUAGUCUGAGCCAGAAAGCGUUGCUAACAAUUGUCAUACUCAUCAUAUUUCUUGUAAUGCUUGCAUUAGCCCUGUUUGCAUACUACUGCCGGAGGAGAAAGCUUAGGAGAGAAGGGGAGGAUCUGCUAAUGUUUGAUACAGGCAUGAGCAUGAAAGUUGAGAUCUCAGAGCUUACUGAUGGCGAUAACGUUGGAAAAGUUAACAAGAGGGAUGUCAAAUUGCCACUGUUUAGUUUUGCAAGUGUUUCCGCAGCAACCAAUAAGUUUUCACCUGAAAAUAAGCUAGGCGAGGGUGGCUUUGGACCUGUUUACAAGGGUAAGCUGUUGAAUGGGGGUGAGGUUGCUGUCAAAAGGCUAUCUGCAAGAUCAGGCCAAGGAUGGGAGGAAUUGAAAAAUGAAGCAAUGCUCAUUGCAAAACUCCAACACAACAAUCUUGUCAGGCUCUUGGGUUGCUGCGUUGAACGUGAUGAAAAGAUGCUUAUUUAUGAAUUCAUGCCAAACAAAAGCUUGGAUGUUUUCCUUUUCGAUGCAACAAAAUGCAGGAUUCUAGACUGGGAAACCCGAGUUCGGAUAAUUGAUGGGAUUGCCCAAGGUCUUCUUUAUCUUCACCAAUAUUCUAGGUUUCGAAUCAUUCACAGAGAUCUAAAAGCUAGCAAUAUUUUGCUGGAUAUCGAUAUGAAUCCCAAAAUAUCAGAUUUUGGUUUGGCAAGACUAUUUGGUGGAAAUGAAUUACAAGCAAAUACAAACCGGAUAGUUGGUACCUACGGUUAUAUGUCUCCUGAGUAUGCAUUAGAAGGUAUUUUCUCAAUAAAAUCAGACGUAUUUAGUUUUGGAGUUCUUUUAUUGGAGAUAAUAAGUGGAAAAAAGAAUACUGGAUUAUAUCACACAAACUCUCUCAAUCUUCUUGGAUAUGCAUGGGACCUAUGGACAAGUGGGAGAGGAACAGAGCUGAUGGAUUCAGCGUCAGAGGAUGCAUCCGUACAGAAAAUUGUGGUGCGAAGAUACGUGAACAUAGCACUGCUUUGUGUUCAAGAAAGUGCAGAAGACAGACCGACCAUGUCUGAUGUUGUUUCAAUGCUCGGGAAUGAGAAUAUAGUACUACCUUAUCCGAAGCCCAUAGCUUUCCUAAAUGUAAGAGGUAUCAGGACUUCAAGAUCAGACGGAAGCUCAGCAGAAACUGUUUCUACCAAUAACAUGACUGCUUCAGUUAUGGAAGCAAGAUGAGUUUGCAUUUCCUUGUAUGUAUAUUACUUCUUAGCAAACGUUGCAGGUCGAUACUCCGCCCUCUGCUCUGCUCACAAACAUAGAGGGAGAAAGAGAAGAUACGAAUCAAAAUUGAAACGUAUUAUUUUCUAUAUUGUUCCACCGAUCCCAAAGCCGCCUUUUUGGAUUCACAGGGGCUUGACAAAUUUUAAUGGCUUAUGUUGACAUGUCAAGUGUCUAGAUUCAUGUCAUCCUAUUAUU